AUGGCGAAGGCGGCGGCCGGCAGGAAGCAGGAGCGGGACCCGGCGCGCUUCGUCUACGUGCCCCGCUUCGGCUCGCACCAGUGCGGCGGCGUCCUGCGGCUGGGCGGGCGCCGGGCCGGGGAGCGGGGGGCGGCGGGGGCCCGCGGCGAAGGGCAGCUGCCCCCCGGCUCCGAGCCCGGGGCCCCCGCGGCCUCCUCGGCGGCGCGGGCGUCGAGCGCGCGGAGCAGCGGGCGGGCGGCGGCGCGUGCAGGUUUAGCCCAGAAGAUGUUAGCUAGGAAGUUUGAGUUUCCCGUACAUUUCAGUGGAGCUUCCAAAGUGAUGAAGAAAAAGGAAAAGGUUUCAGUGUGGAAAAAAGUACACAAAGUCAUUUCUAGAAUGCUCGAAGAAAAUGAAAACUAUAGACUCAGGCUGAAACGCCAACGACUAGCUGGUGAAAACUGAGAUUACACAAGAUGAAUCUUCUCAUCGUCUUCUGUUAUAAUUUAAUUACGACGAGACUAGGAUUUGUGACAGCCUGUUCUUCUGUGACUGUUCAGCGAAUCUGCCUGUUUCCCGUGGAAGGACACGGUACCCGGGCAGAUGGCCCAGGCCUUGCCCGCCACGCAGUGUCCAAAGCCCCCGGCAGGGCGGGGCCUGCACCGUGGGAAUGUGCUGGGUAACUUUGAGGCUGCUGAAUUCUUGGGGAAAGCUUCCAGAUUUAGCUUAUGAAGCUCAAAUCCUUGUAAAAUGAGACAUUUACUUGUUUAUGCUGUAAUUUGUGCUGCACAAAGUUUUGUGGUGAAUGUGAAUGUUCAUUUCAAUGUCGGCUUUUUUUAUGUAACUUACACUACUUGACAUAGUCAGGUAACCUGUUUUAAUGAUUGAAUGUUUAUUAGAUUUAAAACUAAGUGUCAAGCUGGAUCCAGACUCAGUGCCUCGCUGUUCCAGAGCCCUGGGUAGUGGAGACUCCUAGGGAAAGAAAUGUUCUAGAUGGGCGCUCUACAUCUUUUCAUUGUUAUCUAAACAUUUCUGGUGAAAAUGUAUUAAACCUCUGUUUUUUUAAUAGAACAUAAUAACAACUUUUCUCUGCUGACAAUAUCUAGAAAGUACUCACAUCUGAUCACAGUGCCCAACCCCUUCCGCCCGCCUCCCUGCCUCUCCCACUCAAGGUAACCAUCACCGCA